CCCUCGCUGGCUGCUCUCCGUAUAUCUUCUAUAUAAGCGUUGGAUGAUCGCUCGUUCUUAUUUUCGUUUCGAUUCCGAUAAUUCAACGAAUUGGAGCACCGGUUAAUUGGGAAAACCUUUUUUUCGUCGGGGGGAAAAAAGAAAAUUUCUUGACAGAUGGGGUGUUGUAGCAGCAAGAGCGGAGGCUCGGGCGCUGAUCGAACCGCUCGGUGGAGAUCGACCGGCAUCGUCGCCCUCAGAGACGCGAAAUUGAAGGCUUUACCAAGUGAAGUUCUUGAAGUGGGUACUUUUGUUCGCACACUUGAUUUGACAAACAACAGAAUAGUUGAGAUACAUCCGGAGAUCAGCAAAUUAAUUAGCAUGCAGCGUCUGGUUUUAGCUCGUAAUCUGAUUGAACGCCUUCCGACUACCAUGGGAAAUCUUCGGUCGCUAAAGGUCCUCACACUUGAUGGAAAUCGGAUUACUACUUUGCCUGAUGAAUUGUGUUAUCUUUCCAGGCUUGAGCGGUUAUCUAUCACUGGGAAUUCAUUAACAUGCCUGCCUAAAGCUAUAGGGGAUUUGCGAAACUUGCUGCUAUUAAAUGUGUCCAAGAACAAGUUAAAAUCCUUCCCAGAAUCAAUUGGAGGUUGCACCUCCUUGGAAGAAUUUCAGGCAAAUGACAACUCAAUUGAAGACCUCCCUCCAUCAAUUUGCAAUCUCGUUCACUUAAAGUCUCUUUUGUUGAACCGUAAUAAUAUACAACAGCUACCUCAGAAUCUUCUGAAAGACUGCAAAGCUCUACAAAAUCUCUCUCUUCAUGACAAUCCGAUUUCAAUGGAGCAGUUCCAGCAAAUGGAAGGAUUUCAAGAGUUUGAAGCACGAAGAAAACAGAAAUUUGACAAGCAAAUUGAUUCAAAUGUUAUGUUGAGCUCCACUGGACUGGACGAGGGUGUUGAUUUGCGAUAGAUACUCAAAUUUGUUGCUUGCAUUGCUUAUUGGAAUUCUUGGAGGCUUGAGGUUUGAGAAGAAAUGGUCUUGCCCUUGUAGAAAAUUUUGUCCUCCCAUUUUUUCUUUGGUGUGCACUCAGCGAUAUAGCAUGUUUAUAGUAUCACGGACCUUUAUUGUCAUCAAUGGCCUCGGACAUAUAUUAGCCUGUGUAACGGGUGGAUUCUACAGGUUUCGGAGUUCGAGUUAUGCUCAAAACACAGUCUACUGCUUUGUAAACUCUGGUUUCUGUUUAAAGACUUAAAAGCUAGAGAUACUAGAUUGAUACAGUUAAUGUGCUGCUCGCAGGCUUCUUUCAUAAUGGAAGCCUAUACAGCAGAAAAUCUUUUGUACAUUGUACUUCAAUCAUGUUCUCCAUCCUUGUUGAGAUACAAGAUCCAUAGUUCUCUCUGAAGUAAGAC